AUGCCGAUUUCCAUUCUUUACGUGAUGCUAGCGCUGCUGGUGUUUGUGAACAUAUGCGUAUUGAUUGCGCUGGUAGUUGUGCUCGUGCGUCGCUCAGCGCAUCGAAUGCAGAUUAGGGAAAGAGUGGCCAACGGUUUAGAUGGCACAGCGGGCCAAACUGCAGUUGUGACGCUUGCACAACACUAUCCUCCUUUAAUUGUUGGUGAUUACCGACAUCAAGGUGAGGCGGUCAUAUUCAAUGGCGGUAGUGGUGUUGGCGGCAUUACGGACGGCAAUGCAAUCCCUAAUGCCGCUGAUGAACGUAUGGCGCGACAGCAAAUACACCCUCUCACGACAGAUGAUGUAAGCCUUCUUCACCAACUUGCUGUUGAGGGAAUGGUUGUUUCACCUACUAACCAAAUGACAAACAGCGCAUUAACAGAAACCAGGCAUUUCCCGUCAUGGGGGUUGAGCAACCGUAUUGCUGUACCGCUUCCCGCCCUGUUAUUAGCAGCAGAUGAACCAGAUGCCAUACCUUUUUUAGAAGGUGAGCAACAGUGGGAUGAGGAAGAAAGUAGCAGUCCUGCUGGAUGGACAACCGGUACAGACCCACAGCACGCCGGCGGCGCGCUCUCCAGUUGUUUUCCAUCAACUGUGAGAGGCGGUUCACGCGAUGAGAGUCACAUAGUUUAUGGCAGAUCCUGUUAUUUCGUUGGCCCUCAUUGGGAUGGGCCGCGUGGGGAGGUGCCUUUGGAAUGUGUAUUGAGAGACGGUUGUGCUGGAUCCAGUAGCGAAAGCAGCAGUGACAUAAGUAGUGUGGCCACGGAGCCCGCUCGUUGUAUAGUUGCUAACAGGUGUGCCCCUCCAACGAUGUUGUCUUCUUUUCCACUUUCACUCUAUCCCUUCUCUUUUUCCUUUCCUUCCCAUAUGCACCUUUCCGUAUCUUCAUCCAAUUCCCUCUUUGCAUCAGAUGAGGAAGAAGGAGAAGAAUACGCGGCGGGGUAA